AUGGUGGGCACAGCGGUCGCCUCCGGCGAGGUCCUUGCAGAAGCCUCUCGGGCGCUUCCUUGCCUCUCGCUGUUGCUCCUGGCUCCCGGCACCGCGCGGCACGGGUCUCGGCUCAGCCCCGGCCCGUCCCCUUUGGACACCAGGUGGCGCUGCACGCCAGCCCCCAGCUCCUGGCUGACGGGCCCCCGAAGGAACAGAGCAGACAGUGCCCUGUUCCUGCACACGGUCCUGCAGAAGUGUGAAAGGACCCCCGUGGACACCUUCCAAGCCCCCCCCUCUGCACAAGACCCAGAUCUCCUCUCCUAUAACCCCGGAGCCUCUGAUGUGCGGGUAUCCUUGGGGCCCCGCAGCCCGGCAGCUGGUGCGGAGUCUCGGUGCGUCAAGUCCGAGCGGGUCCCACUCACUGGCUGUGCGGCCUCGGCUGAGCGGCUGCACCUCUCUGUGCCUCAGUCCCGCAUCUCAGAAAUGCAGACAAAAGUGGCUGCUGAAACAGGAUUGUACGCUAGAUGA